CCCAAGAUUUUCUCGCCCCACAAACACUCCUCCCCCUAAAUCCCUGCUAACCGCACAAUAGCCUCAACCACCGCUAAUUUAUUUUUUCGUCUAUAGACAAACCAUAUAUGCAUCCACAAAAGAUAAAAAUAACCAUUAAAGUCAACAAUAUAAGUAAGAAGAACCAUCAGAGAAGGAAGAAGAAGAUCAAAAACAUGUUCUUCUUGUGCCCAUGGACGGUCCAGUCAAUCCGAAGAGUGGAAACGGCGACGGGGAACUGGGUUUCAAGUAUAUGUCGGUGAAAGAUAAAUAUCGAAUUCCAAGUAUAUUGCCGGAUUCAUCAACGCCAUCGGUGGAUAACAAAUCCGCCGCUGCCGAUACCGUCACUCCCAGGAAAAAGAAAUUUGGUCACCGGAGUUUUUCGCGAGUGUUGAAGGCCCUUCUCUUUGAAGCGUCACUGAUGGAGAAGUUAAGGAAAAGGAAACUUCGAGAGAAACUGAAUCGAUCACAUCCCAAAUCGUCAGCAAAGACUGUAAAACAUUCAGAAAUUUCAAUGUCAAACAAUCCAGAAGAGAACUCUAAUGGGAGGAGAAGCAUUUCCAAUGCAUCAUUGUUGAUCCCUUCAUCCUCCUUGUGUUCUUUGUGUGGUUCGUCUUUGGUCGACCGAAACAAUUCAAACAAGUCGUCGUUUCGAUCAAGUUCAUUGGAGCAAAGAAAAUUGCAAGACAAUGUCAACAACGAGCAAGAGCAAGGAAAAGGGUAUUAUGGUGUUAAUUUUGGUUUGUGUUUUGUUGUGUUCAGUCUGGUGGUUUUGGUCUUCUGGGGCAAGGUUUGUGCCAUUUUUUGUACCUCGACGUGGCUUUUCUUCGUGCCUUGUCGGAGUAUCAGGAGUGACUCGAGAAAUGGGGAUUCGUUGGAGUUUGAUUCCGAGCAGUACAAGAAGAAGAUCAUCAUGGAAGGGUUGUUGGACAGGAACCGUAUCCGGGGCUUAGAGCGCUGCUGAAGAAAUUUUUACACGCAGACUAUUAUUCAAUUGGUUUUCAGAAUUAAGACGGUCGAGAGUUCAAAAUAACCAUCUGGAUAGUUCCAUGUGGAAUCUUGGUUUUGGAGGGCUUGUCCCACUUCUGACCCCUACCCGCAUGGACUUCGGCCCAGUCUUACCCGAAGUCAGCGUGGUACGGGUUGUAUGACGACCAAAGAUUUAUGUCCACUCAACUGCCCUAAGGACAUACUUGGUUGGGUGAUUUCUCGGUUACCAAAAAAUAAAGUUUUAGGUCUUGUGUGCAUACAUGUAGUUUGGUUUUGGAUAUGUGAUUAUAGGAAGUCUAGGCAAUGACUUGUAAUUCAAUUUUUUGCAUUUCAACAAUUUUGAGGAUUUACAAGCUUGUUUCGAAUUUAAUGUGUCAUUGUACCCAUAAAUGAAAUUGUGCAAAGAUAUAAUGUAAAUGUUAUACAAGAAGAAGAUGAUGAUGGUGUGUUUACUAA